AUGUCCUCACAGAAUGAAGCCGAUGAAAACGUCGUCCACGCAAACAUUACGAGUGUACAUGUUCAUCCCGAUUGGGACCCGGAGGCCAUCAAAUUCGACGCUGACUUAGCCAUUUUGGUGCUCAGUCACAACAUUACCUUCACAAACUUCAUUCGACCUGUGUGCAUUCCUGGCGAUUCUGUUCUUCACACGGAGAGCGGUGUCAUGGACACGGAAGGAACAGUGGUCGGUUGGGGUUUGACCGAUAACGGAACGCAAGCAGACGUUCCACGCCAAGCUUCCGUUCAAGCUUUAAACGACUCAUUUUGCUAUCAAUCCGACCCCGCAAUGGCCAGUUAUUCAUCGAAUCGCACGUUUUGUGGCGGUUUCGGUGAUGGCAGUCCACAGUUUGGCGAUUCGGGUACAGGAUUUUAUGUUCUGUCCGACAACGUUUGGGUGCAGUACGGUAUCGUGUCAGCGAUGCGCACGAAUCGCACCGGGUUUGUCAUUCGAAAUUCGAUGGCAGUCUACUCGAAUGUGAAAGCCUUCAAACCGUGGAUUGUCGAAACGGUUCAGCAAACGGACGGUGAGGUAGGUGAAUCAAUGAUGACAAUCAAAUUGAAUUGUACGUUUGGAUUCAACGAAGAGUCGCAUUACGAAUGUUGGUUGAAGGAUUUGGAUGUCAGACGAGAAAAUGUUUUCGUGAAUGGAAUCGGUGGCUCGCAUUUUCAUGGUAAAUCGAACGACGAUAUUGAGUAUCUCCAGUUGGACAGUGGAUCGAUGACAUAUGUGCCGAAUGGAAUUGGGCGGAUUUUCCGCAACCUGAACACAUUGAAAAUUGCGCCGAAGCUCGGUGCAAGGGUGAUCAGGCGAUCCCAUUUUCGAAAUAUGAAGAAUUUGGGUGAGCUGGACAUUUUCGAAAACGACAUCGAAACGCUCGACGCAGACCUUUUCUGGGAUCUGCCGAAUUUGGAAGUAUUCCAUUUGGAGGGCAACAAGAUAACGGAAUUGCAUGGCAGUACGUUUGAGAAAAAUGAGAAACUCAAGUACAUUGUGUUGAAAUUGAAUCUACGGCUAGAAGUCUUACCCGAAAUCCUGUUCCAGAACAAUUUGCUACUGGAGGAAGUUACGUUGCCUCGAAACAAUUUACGGGCAAUACCAGAGCAAAUGUUCGAAACUAUUAGCAAACUCAAAAUGGUCGAUUUAGCGUUAAAUAUGCUGGAACAUUUGCCCAAAGAUUUGUUCAAAAACAAUGUACAUCUGGAGUUUGUGGAUGUAGGCGGAAAUUUUUUGCAAACAUUAGACGAUACGAUUUUCGAAACCUGCACCAAACUAACGAACGUUUAUCUACACUCAAACAGGUUGCAAUUUUUGCCCGGCAAUCUAUUUAAAAACAACUUGUUUUUGGAGACCAUCCUAUUGAGUGACAACCGUUGGCGGUCUAUCGCUGAGAAUUUGUUCGAACAUAACGCUCAGCUGCACAUAGUUUUGCUUGCGUCGGCUUUGCUCACCGAUCUGCCGCUCAAUUUGUUUGUAAAUAAUUCACGAUUGGAAUUGGUCGAUGUUAGUGAAAAUUCCAUUCGAACGAUAGCAGCACCGAUUUUCGAAAACAAUGUACAACUGCUGCACAUCAAUUUAUCGACAAAUAUGCUUGAAAAUCUGCCCUCACAAUUAUUCGAAAGGAAUUUACUGCUGACGAGGAUAGAUGUCAGUCAUAAUUCCAUUAAGCAUUUGGACGAGCAAAUUUUCGCGACCAAUUCACAACUGGAAAUGAUCGCGCUAUCGUCAAACCAAUUGCAAUCUCUACCCGGGAAAAUAUUUAUAUUAUGUUAUGUUAUGUUAUAUAAUUUGCUGCUGUCGACCAUCGAAUUAGGUCGAAAUUCAUUGGCAACACUGGACGUAGAAAUUUUCGAAACGAAUUUAAGGCUCGAACGGAUAUUUCUGAACAACAAUCGGUUGGAGUCUCUAUCCAGCAAAUUGUUCAGCAAAAAUUUAUUGCUGAAAAUCGUUGAUUUCUCUGACAAUUCGUUGGUGUCAAUUGAAUUUGACUUUACGAAACUGAAUCACAUUCGACUAAUUAGCUUUCAGAACAAUGUUUGCAUCAAGCGAACAUUUGACAUGCCGUACUUACACACUGAAAGUCUUAGGAAUCUGAUGGAAUUUCAAAACGUGCUACGGCAGAACUGUAGUAGCCCUUCGCGGUUACGGUGACAGAUGCAGGAAAUGGGAAAAAUUGCAUUACAAACCACAACACCGAUCUGAAGAACGAAAAUGUUGAAUUUUAAAUGUCCUCAAAAGAUAUUAUUCUUAUUAAAUCAUCCACCAAGAAACCGAAUUUCCAAUAAAUCAUACUA